AUGUCUGAAAGUCAAAAUUACCACCCAGUGCGCACGACGCUGAACUUCAUCAAAGUGAAGGAAGAUGGCUCGGAUGAUUUCGUAUCCUACAUGGACAAGCCGGAGACCCAAGCAAAACCAUGUGAUACCAGAGAAGUAACAAUCCAUGAGAUUAGCGGCCAUGAAGAGCACUUUAAUCUUGAGAAGGAUGGAUUUCAAUGGUUUCGACAUGCUACGAGUUUUAAAAACUUCAGCGAUGAACGCCUUAUCAAGGAAGUCUACUAUCCCGAGACCGAGGCGCUGUUAAGAGACUUCAAUCCUACUCUUGGUGUCAGCAGACUGAUAAGUGGUGGAACACAACGUGGCAGACUAGGCGUGCAGCACAUCGUAGCUGCUAAUCACAUGGUUCGCCGCGGAGACAUAUCAGGUCAUCCAGCGAAGCCUUGCCACAAAGUACAUUUCGACUCUUCCAUCCCCUAUGCACACCGACUUGUUCAUGAGUUCUUUCCCGAUAAGGCCGAGGAGCUCUUAAGGUCUCGCGUGGUUAUGGUCAACGUCUGGCGGCCUCUUGCCCCUGUGUUGCGGGAUCCACUAUGCGUAGGCAAAGCCCACAGCGUACCUCCUGAGGACGAGGUUACCAUCACUAUACGCCACAGCACGGACGAGACCAUUCCGACGAUGGAAACGAACGAGGUCCGGUACGGAGAGGGACAUGAGUGGUUUUACAAGUCGGGUAUGAAACCCGAUGACCUUUUGAUCUUCAAGACUUUCGAUAGCAAGACGGAUGGCAGAGCUAGAAGGGUGGCGCAUUCUGCGUUUGAGGAAUCGCCGGCGGCUAGUAAUUUGCCAGGGAGACAGAGCAUUGAAGUAAGGGCUUUUGUUUUCUACAAAAAUGAGACGUGGAACUAG